AUGGCGUUCCUAGCGUUCAGUGGUAUAGAUUGCGCUAAUCCUAAGCAAACGGCUCUGUUUCUUACUGUGAAAAGCUCAAAUUUUUGCUUGACUAAAGUCGAUAAUAUAAAGUGUGGAUAUUUGAUCGUAACUGACAUCCUGAUAAGUCCUGAUGGUGUUCCGCUUCCGUUUUUCAAUGGUAACACUGUCACUAAGAGGAACUCCGGGUUGAAAAUAAUAGCAUCUUUCGGAGGAACCGUCGUACCAUCGGAGCUUUUUGCUUUCUUAUCAUGCGAUGAUCAACGUCGAGCGACAUUUGUUGACAACUUGGUGGAGUUUACUUUAGCUCACGAAUUCCAUGGAAUCGAUCUAGCAUGGCUUUACCCAGCGCCACAGGAGAGGGAUCAAUAUGUCCGUCUUAUGAAGGAUAUGAGGAAUGCUUGCGAUCGUAAUGGUUUGAUUUUAACUGUAACAGUACCUAGCCGACCAUCAGUAAUUGAAGUGAAUUAUCCGGUGGAAAAAUUGGACAAAUAUGCGGAUUAUGUUAUUUUGAGCACAACUGAGUUUCGCAAGCUACGCAAAACAUCUUUCAUUGCUCCGUUAUACUCGUGUAAUCCCGGAUCGUCCAACAGUAUCGAUUAUCACGUGGAUCGUUGGAAAAUGGCUGGGUUGAGUUGUGAUAAAAUUGUCAUCGUUAUCCAAACAAUGACACUCACAUAUAAAUUGUACAUACAGAACGAAUAUCGUGUAGGAACUCCAGCGUUGCAGUUGAAAAUUCGUCCGUAUUACAAGAUUUGUCGGAAACUAUACAGCGGUUCAUUGGAGAUUUGGAACAGUAACGUAAAAAGCCCUUAUGCAUUCCGUGAUCUUUCAUGGUACUCGUACGAGAACGAAAAAUCUAUCAAAGAGAAAGUGUGUUUCGUCGUUCAGCAAGGGCUUGGGGGAUUAGCUGUGUUCUACUACGAUGAAGAUGACCCCAUUAAUAUUUGUGGUGAUGGACAGUAUCCUCUGACAGCUAUCGUGAUGGCAGCCCUUGAAUCACAAUACCUUCCACCGUCAGUCAUAACGGACUCUCACAUUUAUCACUAUGAGUCACACCCCAUGCCAUUAUCGCAAUAUGAUUCCCGAAACUACAAUUCUGCUAUAAACAGCAACAAGCCAAUGGUCGUUUACGUCGAAGGUGAAGCGAUCCAUCCCCCUGUACAAGAAUUAUCGAACGUAAAUGAUGAUUUUUAUCUUCCGACAAACAUCGCUCGACAAAUGCCUGCACCAAUGGAUUCGACUACUAACGAAACAAAAUCCUCCGUACAGUUGAAUGAAAAUUAUCCGGUCAAUUCAUUUGCUUCAGUAGAACAAUGGAAUGAAUCCAUAGAAUCAAUGUCGGAUGAACAAUUUGAGGAUCUUUUCUUCCCUCAUUAUACAGAACCGCAAGUCGAUAUAAGAAAAUGUGUUGAAACACCGUCCAUGCAAACCAGCGAUUUGGAGUACGUGCUGAAUAUAAACACAACACCGCAACCAAAUCCUUUAACAGCGGAACUUUAUUCUGAAAAUGUACCGGAAAGGUCCUCAAAAACCUGCGAAUUGUUCUCAGAACAAUCUAAUAUUCAUCCAUUUAUGGAUACAUCAAGCUCAUGCUGUAAAGCUUGCACAGCUGCAGAAAUGUGCACAAAUUGUGCAACAAUGACAUCUGGUAACGAACACCACGCACAUUAUCCUUGUAAACCAACUGGUAUCAGAAUUUUUGCCACUGCGCACGCACCGACAACGACUACUACAACAACAACUACCACACCAUCAACGAUGCAAUUCUACACAAUGGCUCCAGCAUUGUUCAAUCCUCCUCCAUUCUUUCAUGCCUGUAAACCGUGUGUGAAAGUAGCAGCAACCGGUAGCGCGGAUGGAUUUAAAGCAACCACUCCCUAUCCCUUGACAACACCACCAUCCAGUGCGCAAGCCCAAUUGUACUCGGAACACUCGUACGCAUUGCCUGCUUCUGGUAUUCAAAUUCAAGGAACAGCCGUUGGUACUCAACCAGUGCUGUCAUUUGCACCGUUUAAAGUGAACAUUUGCCCACAGGAUGGAAUUCUUCAAGAUCCUCUCGAUAGACGAUCAUAUUAUCUGUGCAAACGUGGCCUCCCGAUGUGUGACGAAAACAAGUUCAGCUGCGCUCAUGGCUACAUCUUUCACGAGACCAGCAAAAAAUGUAUUCCUGAAUGA